AGUCACUCCCCGGCGAACGGUCGCACUAAUUACGAAGAGAGAAAAAAAAAGCUAACAAUUUUUUCAGUGCCCGAAAACUAAUUAUUUAAAAGCGAGGAGCAGCAUCAUCAGGCGAGAUGACCGAUUCCAAGUACUUCACCACCACCAAGAAGGGCGAGAUCUUCGAGCUCAAGUCGGAGCUGAACAACGACAAGAAGGAGAAGAAGAAGGAGGCGGUGAAGAAGGUGAUUGCGAGCAUGACCGUCGGCAAGGACGUCUCGGCGCUCUUCCCGGACGUGGUCAACUGCAUGCAGACGGACAAUCUGGAGCUGAAGAAGCUGGUCUACCUCUACCUGAUGAACUACGCCAAGUCGCAGCCGGACAUGGCCAUUAUGGCGGUGAACACGUUCGUCAAGGACUGCGAGGACUCGAAUCCGCUGAUCCGGGCUCUGGCCGUUCGCACGAUGGGCUGCAUCCGGGUGGACAAGAUCACCGAGUAUCUGUGCGAACCGCUGCGCAAGUGCCUGAAGGACGAGGAUCCCUACGUUCGCAAGACGGCCGCCGUGUGCGUGGCCAAGCUGUAUGAUAUCUCGGCCACCAUGGUGGAGGAUCAGGGCUUCCUGGACCAGCUGAAGGACCUGCUGUCCGACUCGAAUCCCAUGGUGGUGGCCAAUGCCGUCGCUGCGCUCAGCGAGAUCAACGAGGCCAGCCAAUCGGGUCAGCCGCUGGUCGAGAUGAACUCGGUGACCAUCAACAAGCUGCUGACGGCGCUCAACGAGUGCACCGAAUGGGGUCAGGUCUUCAUCCUGGACUCGCUGGCCAACUACAGUCCCAAGGACGAGCGCGAGGCGCAGUCCAUCUGCGAAAGAAUCACCCCGCGGCUGGCCCACGCCAAUGCAGCCGUCGUGCUGAGCGCCGUCAAGGUGCUGAUGAAGCUGCUCGAGAUGCUGUCCAGCGACAGCGACUUCUGCGCCACGCUCACCAAGAAGCUGGCCCCGCCACUGGUCACGCUGCUCUCCUCGGAGCCCGAGGUCCAGUAUGUGGCGCUGCGCAACAUCAAUCUGAUUGUCCAGAAGCGACCCGACAUUCUCAAGCACGAGAUGAAGGUGUUCUUCGUCAAGUACAACGAUCCCAUCUACGUGAAGCUGGAGAAGUUGGACAUUAUGAUACGGCUGGCCAACCAGAGCAACAUCGCCCAGGUGCUCAGCGAGCUGAAGGAGUACGCCACCGAGGUGGACGUGGACUUUGUGCGCAAGGCGGUGCGCGCCAUCGGGCGAUGCGCCAUCAAGGUGGAGCCCUCCGCCGAGCGCUGCGUGUCCACGCUGCUCGAUCUCAUCCAGACCAAGGUCAACUAUGUGGUGCAGGAGGCCAUUGUGGUGAUCAAGGACAUCUUCCGCAAGUACCCGAACAAGUACGAGAGCAUCAUCAGCACGCUCUGCGAGAAUCUGGACACGCUGGACGAGCCGGAGGCGCGCGCCUCGAUGGUCUGGAUCAUUGGCGAGUACGCCGAGCGCAUUGACAACGCCGACGAGCUGCUCGACAGCUUUCUCGAGGGUUUCCAGGACGAGAACGCCCAGGUGCAGCUGCAGCUGCUGACGGCCGUCGUCAAGCUGUUCCUGAAGCGCCCCUCGGACACCCAGGAGCUGGUCCAGCACGUCCUCUCGCUGGCCACCCAGGACUCGGACAACCCCGAUCUGCGGGACCGCGGCUUCAUCUACUGGCGCCUCCUGUCCACCGAUCCGGCUGCCGCCAAGGAGGUGGUGCUGGCCGACAAGCCGCUCAUCUCGGAGGAGACCGACCUGCUGGAGCCGACGCUCCUAGACGAGCUCAUUUGCCACAUCAGCUCGCUGGCCAGCGUGUAUCACAAGCCGCCCACGGCGUUUGUUGAGGGUCGCGGUGCCGGCGUGCGCAAGUCGCUGCCCAAUCGCGCCGCCGGCUCAGCAGCUGGUGGCGAGCAGCCGGAGAGCGGAGCCGGCGGCUCGGAGGCCAUGGUCAUACCCAACCAGGAGUCGCUCAUCGGCGAUCUGCUCUCCAUGGACAUCAAUGCACCAGCCAUGCCCGCUGCCCCGGCGGCCACCAGCAACGUGGAUCUGCUGGGCGGCGGCCUGGACAUCCUGCUGGGUGGAGCACCGGCAGAGGCGGCUCCCGGCGGCGGCGGCGGUGCCUCCAGCCUGCUGGGCGACAUCUUCGGCCUGGGCGGCGCCUCGCUGUCGGCGGGCGUGCAGAUACCCAAGGUCACCUGGCUGCCUGCGGAGAAGGGCAAGGGCCUCGAGAUACAGGGCACCUUCUCGCGGCGCAACGGCGAGGUCUUCAUGGACAUGACGCUGACCAACAAGGCCAUGCAGCCGAUGACCAACUUCGCCAUCCAGCUGAACAAGAACAGCUUCGGCCUGGUGCCGUCGUCGCCCCUCCAAGCUGCUCCCCUGCCGCCCAACCAGUCCAUCGAGGUGAGCAUGGCGCUGGGCACCAACGGACCCAUCCAGCGCAUGGAGCCGCUCAACAACCUGCAGGUGGCCGUGAAGAACAACAUCGACAUCUUCUACUUCGCCUGUUUGGUGCACGGCAACGUGCUGUUCGCCGAGGACGGGCAGCUGGACAAGCGCGUGUUCCUCAACACCUGGAAGGAGAUACCAGCCGCCAACGAACUGCAGUACAGUUUGAGCGGCGUGAUCGGCACCACCGACGGCAUCGCCUCCAAGAUGACCACCAACAACAUCUUCACCAUCGCCAAGCGCAACGUCGAGGGCCAGGACAUGCUGUAUCAGUCGCUCAAGCUGACCAACAGCAUCUGGGUGCUGCUGGAGCUCAAGCUGCAGCCGGGCAACCCGGACGCCACGCUCAGCCUGAAGUCGCGCUCCGUGGAGGUGGCCAACAUCAUCUUCGCCGCCUACGAGGCCAUCAUCCGUUCGCCCUAAGCGCUCCACGGGGGAUAAAUGGUCAG